ACAGACCCAAUUAUAAAAUCAGAGUAGGCGGUGCUUUUCGUGCAAAAAAAUAGGAUUCACAUCAAAACAGAUCUAUUAAUUGUUGUUAGAAUUUCAUCAGUACAAGAAAAGAUGGACAAAACUCGUGAAGGUUGGCGAACCAUGCUGUCGUGUGCGAUUGAGAAUCAACAAAAUACGGACAUUGAGAUCAAUCGCGAAGGGACUACAGUGCGCCAAGUCGCUUCCCUAUGGCGGGCCCAAACAAAUUCGGCUCUGCGUUGCUUGCACUCUGUUGAGAUGCUUACUCUCGCUGAACAGUUGGCAGUACAGGGCCAAGAGCAACCACAGGCCCAGGAGGAACCACAAGGCCAAGAGCAACCACAGGCCCAAGAGGAACCACAAGGCCAAGAGCAACCACAGGCCCAGGAGGAACCACAAGGCCAAGAGCAACCACAGGCCCAGGAGGAACCACAGGGCCAAGAGCAACCACAGGCCCAGGAGGAACCACAAGGCCAAGAGCAACCACAGGUCCAGGAAGAACCACAAGGCCAAUAGGAAAAGGAACCUAGACAAAAACUGCCAUCUCAUCCCUUAUUAAAGCAUUGUUCUUCUUUUUAUGUAUUUCGAAUGCCAAGUACAUCUAAUUUGUAUAGGACAUUUCGUUACAAACAUCUCCCCCAAUGUUACAAUUUAUAAAGAAAAUUUGUGUAUAGAAAA